CCAUGAAAAACAUUCAUCGCCUCCAACACAGUAGUACUCGACCGUAUUGCAUAGCAGCGAGCCAGUUUCUAAAACGUGGUCGAAUUACACCGCCCACGUUGUUCACUUUCCAUCAAGAUGUCCUAUCCGCUAGAUUGGCUGACGUCAACAUUUCGCUCCAGGGAGCGUACUGUCGAACUCUUCCAACCCGAGCUGGAAAAUAACGUCCUAGCCCAACAUGAUUUUGAUCUAGCUGUCCGUUUCUUGCCCGGCUCUCACAGUAAUUGGCCGAUGCUUUAUGGCUCUGGCGCCGCAGGCGCAACAGCUCUCUACGGGUAUCGCGUUACUCGCCCGCCAUGGGGACAGAGGAAAACCUUCAUUUUUGGAGGUGCUGCCUACGUUGUGGGAAUGAUGUAUGGUGGUUUCAGACGGUUUGUAGCCCACCGACAGUUCGCCGAAGCCCUCGAGGAUCCCGAGGGUUUUGUUUUGGCCUUAAGCCAUAUUCACAAGAAACUUGGCGGAGACGGAAACAUCGGUUUCACCCUUCGGCGUAUUCAACAGAAGAAAAUUGAUACAACUGCGGACACCGGCGACUACCCGCAAGGUUCAGAAACAGGCUUCGAGAAUCGGACACGAUCAGACCCCGUUGGAAACAACAAUCCAAAUUCCUCAACUGCAUUCAAGAAUCGGUGGGAUGAGAUUCGCGCCGCUAAUGCGCGAAACAUCAGUCAGCAAUCGACCUGGGAUGCAAUAAGGCAACGGCAAGAGCGCAGUAGAAUUCCUGUGCCAUCCGCGUACGAUGGUCAAUCCACGGACAAGCCAGACGACCGCGCAACUGCUCAGGCGAGAUUCGAGGCAAUGCUAGAAGCUGAAAGACGGAGAGGUCAGGAUCGGGACCGGGAGAUGUUUUGACAGAGAAAACACUAUCAAUUCUACUCGAAUUUAUGCUACAAGAGGGGCCUGACGUGUGCAUAACUGCUGGUGCUGUGAUGAGUAACUAAUAAAAAGGAGGCUAUCGACUGCUACUGCUG